UAUCUUCUCUAUUCGUCUCCGUGUUUUAGAUUCCAACCAAAGCGAUGGCGGCCGCCCCUUCCCUCAGAGCGCCGCCUCUAACCCUCGCGUCCACCGCCGCCGCCCUCCGAACCUUCUCCAGAACGCUCGUCCUCCAACCUCAGAAGCCUCUCUUCACCUCGUCUAGGGCCCUGAGGUCUCCCCCGCUCCCUCGCUUCCCUUCCAAUCUCCCCCGACGCCGCCUCGCCACCCGCGCCAGCGCUGACGGAGGAAACGGCGCUCCAGAUCCCCGCCAAUUCGACUUUGACCUCUUCACCAUAGGCGCUGGCAGUGGAGGCGUUCGGGCGUCACGGUUUGCUGCGACUUAUGGCGCCAAGGUGGCCAUCUGCGAGCUCCCCUUCUCGACGAUAUCCUCAGAGAGUGCUGGCGGGGUCGGCGGAACAUGUGUGCUUCGUGGAUGCGUUCCAAAGAAACUACUCGUUUAUUCAUCUAAAUAUUCCCAUGAAUUUGAAGAGAGUCGUGGCUUUGGAUGGACCUAUGAGGCCGAUCCCAUGCAUGACUGGAGCACACUUAUUGCUAACAAGAAUGCAGAAUUGCAACGUCUGACAGGGAUUUAUAAAAAUAUUCUGCAGAAUUCUGGGGUCACUUUAAUUGAAGGCCGUGGAAAGAUAGUUGACCCACAUACUGUUGAUGUGGAUGGAAAACACUAUACUGCUAGGCAUAUACUAAUCUCAGUUGGUGGCCGACCCAACCUUCCAGAUAUUCCUGGAAUAGAGCAUGCUAUUGACUCAGAUGCUGCAUUAGACUUGCCUUCAAAGCCUGAAAAGAUUGCAAUAGUAGGAGGUGGAUACAUUGCUUUGGAAUUUGCUGGCAUCUUUAAUGGAUUAAAGAGUGAAGUUCAUGUAUUUAUUCGACAAAAGAAAGUGCUGAGGGGCUUUGAUGAGGAGAUUCGGAACUUUGUUUCAGAGCAAAUGUCCUUGAGGGGGAUUGAAUUUCACACAGAGGAGACUCCUCAGGCAAUCCUUAAAUCAUCAGAUGGUCUUCUAUCACUUAGAACUAACAAAGAAACAGUAGAUGGUUUCUCACAUAUAAUGUUUGCAACAGGUCGAAGACCAAAUACAAAGAACUUGGGAUUGGAGGAUGUUGGGGUAGAAUUGGCCAAGAAUGGUGCAAUUCUGGUUGAUGAAUACUCUCAGACAUCGGUUGAUUCCAUUUGGGCUGUUGGAGAUGCUACGGAUAGGUUGAACUUGACCCCUGUUGCAUUGAUGGAAGGAGGGGCUUUUGCUAAAACUGUGUUUGGCAAGGAACCUACUGUGCCAGAUUACAGAGCUGUGCCCUCUGCUGUUUUUUGCCAGCCUCCGAUAGGACAAGUUGGUCUUACGGAGGAGCAGGCUAUUCAAGAGUAUGGUGAUGUUGAUAUUUACACAGCCAACUUCAGGCCUCUUAAAGCCACUCUUUCUGGCCUGCCUGAUCGGGACUUUAUGAAGCUUAUUGUAUGUGCUAGCACAAACAAAGUGUUAGGAGUGCACAUGUGUGGGGAAGAUUCUCCUGAGAUUAUACAGGGGAUUGCUAUUGCUGUAAAAGCUGGACUAACUAAGGCAGAUUUUGAUUCCACCGUCGGAAUUCACCCAACAUCUGCAGAGGAGUUUGUCACAAUGAGGAGCCCAACUCGGAAAAUCCGGAAGGAUCCAUCCCCAGCAAUGGAAAAGAAUGUUGACGAGGUCAGGCCAGAUAGGAAUAAGUAACUUCUCCGAAUGAGGUAAAUCAUUGAAAUAUACUCUUUUACUGCCUGCAAGAAAUUUUAGUGACAUGCAG